GUGUUGCUGGAGUGUGAGGUUUGAGUGGAGAAGGUGGGAGGAGAGGCUGGAGGAAGUGUGGUUGGAAGAGUGCUUUAGGUCUGUUUGCAGGGGCCUCACAGGCAGUGCUUAGGAGUUUGGAUGUCAUCCUGUGGUCAGUGAAUAAUUGGUCAAGAGAAACACUAUCACUAAUCCUGGUGGCAAAAUUUUUCCUGGUGGGGAAAAAUUUGUGGGAGGAGGCUGGAGAUAGGAGUCUGGGUGGGAGAUGGUAGGUCCUGAAUCUGGCCAUCGUGGGCAGUAGAGGUCAGAAAGACUGGUUCCAAGGAAGAAAGGUAGCAGUCUCUGUUUGAUGUAGUACAUGGUAAGGAAAGUGAAUUUGGUUUGGCCAUUUAGUUUAGGAUACCUUGAGACAGCUCAGUAGGGCUGUCCUUUGGUGAGUGGCCUGUCAUCUGGCACUCAGAGAAAAGGUCUCAGCUGGGACAGUGGCUUUCACUGGAGCAUCCGCAUCCUUUGUGGGCUGGCCAUCUGCCUGAUUGAUAUUCUUCACAGGUGAUUCAGAUACUUACUGGGCUGGGGAGGAGACUUGGGUUGUCCUUGCUUAGGAAGGUUAUGUGGUGGCAGAGGGUCCUAUCUGCACUGCUGCAGAAUGCCAGUAGGAGGGACACUGUGGACAUGGAGGAAGGGCCAAGGGAAGGACGAGAUGUGAAGUGGUCAGCUGGGAAGGAAGACCUGUAGCGUAGGCACUAGUUUCCACCUCCCUCCCUGCAUGGCCCUGCCUGUCCCUGCCCCUACUGCUGGACACUCUUGUUUUUGCCAGUGUCAGAACCAGUUUUAUGCACUGUCUCAUCAGUCAGUCAGUCAGUCAGUCAGUUUCUGGCUUUUUCCAGAGAAGUUACCUUCACUACCAUGUGCAAAAGACUCAGAGAGAGAGAUUCUUUGCUGUGUCCAGUUUCUCAGCAAAUUUUCUCAAGCAAUUUACUGGUACCUACUACUGCUUUUCCUUUGGCGUGAAAUCUGUGGCUCCUGAGCAGGAAAGUUGCCCCACCACCAGCGGUCUAACAUCCAGGUUCAGGAUGGAUCUGCAGUCCCAUGGGAGGGGUGCAUGUCCAGACCCUAGGAAAGGCAGCUGGUCAGAACAGUUGAAGGAAGUCCUGGGAAGUUGGACUAAUGUGGCCCAAGGUAAGGAGCCCUGUGACUUGAGGUGCAUCCUUAGCCCCUUCUGUAUUCCUAGCUUGGUAGCAAAGAGAACCCUGCUGUAGAAUUUCCGGAACUUAUGAGUGGGGUCUCAGAGUUAUAGUACAUGAGAGCUACCCAGACGGUUGGUGGGGGCUGAGGGAAAGUGUGUCCAUCCCCCUGGUAAAUCUAGGAAUCAGACUGAGAUCAGGACACAGAAUCUGGUGAAGGAUCUAAUCUGGGACAGCCAGUGGGAAACAUCUGUGAUGAUGUGUCUUCUGUUGCUCUGACCCAGAGACCCCAGCAUUGGCAGAGGCACUGACCCUGGUGCUGAAAGCCACAGCUGGGGAGUAGUGAGACAGGAUCAAGGACAGCCCAGGGAAGUGGCUGUGCUUGGUACCAGAGCCAACCACACUGGUAUGAAGCCUUUUGCUUCUCAGGAAAGGAAAAAGAAGAGUGUAAUGUUGGUUGAAAAACCCAAGCGCUUCUGCAAAGAGAAGGCAAGAGCCGGGUAGGAAGUGUAGAGGUGCCAGAGACCUGGGCAGGAGUGAGUCUUCUACCUGGAGGUUGGCAGGGUUAAAUAGACAAUACGAACAGAGGGCUUGCCACAGCAUGUGGCCUGCAGCAGGCACAUCAGUGUUAUUUCUGGAGCUGUGGAGAGACAGGCCUAUAGACAGCAUGAUGAGUUGUCAGUUUUUCUGCUUGGUUUUCAGUGUUUUGAUGGAUGGAAGGUCCUGGAGUGGACAGGGCUCUGGGGAGUCUGAAAGGGAGAAAGGGCUCAUGGUUGCUUGUGUGUAGCUUUUGUCUUCUCAUACACAUCUUACAUCCAAGACGUCUCUGCUAGCUCUUGUUAAAUUAUUUAUAAUUCUUAUCUCUUCCUGUGUAUAAUCAAAUGAAGGCUAUUUCUUGAGCUUCAUAUUUAUGAGUGACUCAUUUUGGAAUAAAGGGCAGAGAAUCUUUCUUAAGAAACAGGGUAUUAAGAAAAAAAAAAACCAAAAAACCAAACCAAAACAAAAAAAAAAGAAACAGAGUAUUGGGUUGGGGAUGUGGCUCAAGUGGUAGCGUGCUCGCCUAGCAUGUGUGAGGCACUGGGAUCGAUCCUCAGCACCACAUAAAAAUAAAAUAAAGAUAUUGUAUCCACCUAAAGCUAAAAAAUAAAUAUUAAAAAAAGAAAUAGGGUAUUACUUGUUUAUACAUGACUUUACUCAAGUCCUGCUAAUUGUUUCUAAGCUAAUGAAACUUUAUAUGAUGUGUAAAAUUAUCAUAAGAAUGUAGAGCUAAAGAACAUUUAAAGGUUAGCUUAACUUUCUGGUUUUGUAGAAGAGGCAACUGAGGCAGGAGAAGUCAAGAACUUUGCUCAAGAGUGGUCACAGGUGAGUGGUGGACAUGGUACUAGACCUUAGCGCCUAGCUCUAUCCAGGAACCUUUGAAUCCAUUAGGGCAGAUAGAGAGGGGAGCAGAGAGAAUCCACCUGCCCUGUUUUGGAACAUAUCAGGCUGGAACAUAAUCAUCUGUCCUCAUUCCAGAAGGAACAAAGAGAAAGACCAGCGCCAAAGGGGAGACUGCAAAGAUCCAGCCUAGAGAGGAAGAUAAACAGGCAGUCGAGGAAUAGAGGAGGAGUGUGCUUUUGGAAGAACGUUUGUCUAGGUUAAUUGAGGACUCCUCCAGGCAGGUUAUGUCACCGGCAGAGGCUGCCCUGAAGCUCCCUGCGGCCUGGAGACUAUGUACAAGAGGAAUGGUCUGAUGGCUAGCGUGUUGGUCACCUCCGCCACUCCACAGGGCAGCAGCAGCUCAGACUCUCUGGAGGGCCAGAGCUGCGACUAUGCCAGCAAGAGCUAUGACGCGGUUGUCUUCGAUGUCUUGAAAGUGACUCCUGAGGAGUUUGCCAGCCAGAUCACACUAAUGGACAUCCCUGUGUUUAAAGCCAUCCAGCCGGAGGAACUAGCCAGCUGUGGAUGGAGUAAGAAGGAGAAACACAGUCUGGCCCCCAACGUCGUGGCCUUCACCCGGAGGUUUAACCAGGUCAGUUUUUGGGUUGUUCGAGAAAUUCUAACAGCACAGACUUUAAAAAUAAGAGCAGAAAUCCUCAGCCAUUUUGUGAAAAUAGCCAAGAAACUUCUAGAACUCAACAACCUUCAUUCUCUCAUGUCUGUGGUGUCAGCAUUACAAAGCGCUCCCAUCUUCAGGCUGACAAAAACCUGGGCUCUUUUGAAUCGAAAAGACAAGACUACCUUUGAGAAAUUGGACUAUCUGAUGUCUAAAGAAGAUAAUUACAAGCGGACACGGGAAUAUAUCCGAAGCCUAAAGAUGGUGCCCAGUAUUCCCUAUCUAGGAAUCUAUCUUCUGGAUCUAAUCUACAUCGAUUCUGCAUAUCCUGCCUCAGGCAGCAUCAUGGAAAAUGAACAAAGAUCUAAUCAGAUGAACAAUAUUCUCCGAAUAAUUGCUGAUUUACAAGUUUCCUGCAGCUAUGAUCACCUCACAACCCUGCCCCAUGUGCAGAAGUACCUGAAGUCAGUGCGCUACAUUGAAGAGCUCCAGAAGUUCGUGGAAGAUGACAACUAUAAACUGUCACUCAGAAUUGAACCAGGAAGCAGCUCUCCAAGACUAGUUUCAUCCAAGGAAGAUCUUGCAGGCCCCUCUGCAGGCUCCAGUUCGGCGAGGUUCCGACGGAGGCCCACCUGUCCUGAUGCGUCUGUGGCCGGCAGCCUGCCCACGCCACCAGUCCCCAGACACAGGAAGAGCCACAGCCUGGGCAACAAUAUGAUGUGUCAGUUGAGUGUAGUUGAGAGUAAAAGUGCGACAUUUCCAUCGGAGAAAGCCAGGCACCUUCUGGACGACAGUGUCCUAGAGUCCCGCAGCCCCCGCAAGGGCCUCACCCUCACCUCCUCCGCUGUCACCAAUGGACUCUCCCUAGGCAGUAGUGAGAGCUCAGAGUUUAGUGAAGAGAUGUCUUCAGGGCUGGAAAGCAGGGGACGUCUCUAUGCCACGCUGGGGCCCAACUGGAGGGUUCCAGUUCGGAAUUCUCCCAGAACCCGGAGCUGCGUGUACAGCCCUACCAGCCCAUGUACCUGUACCCUGGGGAGCUCAGCAGCUGUGCCCACCAUGGAGGGUCCCCUGAGGAGGAAGACCCUGCUCAAAGAAGGACGGAAGCCCGCACUGUCCUCAUGGACCAGAUACUGGGUCAUACUCUCAGGAUCCACCCUCCUGUACUAUGGAGCCAAGUCCUUGCGGGGCACAGACAGAAAACACUAUAAAUCCACACCUGGCAAGAAGGUCUCCAUCGUGGGCUGGAUGGUACAACUGCCCGAUGACCCCGAGCACCCUGACAUCUUCCAGCUGAAUAACCCUGACAAAGGCAAUGUUUACAAGUUUCAGACAGGCUCCCGAUUCCACGCAAUACUGUGGCACAAGCAUUUGGAUGACGCGUGUAAGAGCAACAGGCCUCAGGUACCUGCAAACCUUAUGUCAUUUGAAUAAGUCUCUGCAGGACUUGGCGUGACUACAAAGGCUUCUGGGAGCCCAGACUGGGCCCGGUGGACAAGAGCAACCCUGGGCACAGGCUGUGAGCCAGAGCGCUGGGAGCCUCACAGCCAGACUCAGGGGAUGCACACAGCCUUCAGCCUCACAGUCGCAGAGGGCUCCCCAAGUGCUGGAUCCACCUGUCAAUCCCCAGCGACUCUCAUGACUCUCAUCCCGCAGCACCACCUCACAGGGCGGUUGUUGGACCCCAGACUGCACACCCCAAGUCCCCUUUCUGGGCCUUUGUUGUCCACCAGCUGCUUCUGCAACAGAGUGCAUUUGGCCCACGUUGGGUUCUCCUGCUUUCUGCUGACACAGUGGACAGCAUUAACCUGCGAAAGGGCCAGAGAGCAGGACAGGCUGCGGGACAGGCUCGUUACACCCCAAGUGCACGGGGCUGCUCACCCCCCAGGGCUGCCUCAGAUUUUGUACAAUCCCCGAAGCGUCCUCUGCGUAUGUGUGCCGUCCAUGUGUGUGUGGGAGUGAGUGUGAACUCUUCAAGAAACAUGCAUUUUGGCACAGGACUUGUGACAUCACACACUUCAUUCGCUUUGAGGGCCUGCUUUCACCUUCAGUCAUAGCCUUGUCCACCGAGAAAGGUCGGGUGGGAGCGCCAGUGUUAAGGCUCCCUCACAUUCUUUCACUGUAAACAAACAAUGCCUUAAACCGUGUCUUGCUUUCUGUUCCUAUGGGUGCUAUUCAUCUGGAAGGCCUGCUUCCUGGGCCCUGGGGCUCUGCCAGGCCUUGUUGCUGUCAGCCCUUCCGAGCAGGAACUGGCUCAGGACGGUGGACUGGGCCACUGGCCUGCUUGCUUCCUUUCAUGCCCUCUCCUGGCAGGGCCUGGGGCCCUUUCAUCUCCCCCGCUCCCGCCGUGCCUGCAUGGGAAGUUGUGGCAUGUUCUCCUGGUGUCCUCAGAAGCAGCUCGGAGGCCGCCGUGCUCACAGUGAUCAGCUGCCCAGAGGCCCCUUCACGCCAACCUCCCCCACAGGGCAGGCUGUGCUCGAUGCCAUUGCCAUCGCACCCCUUGGCCUCCACUGCCAGGGCAGACCCACCAGGAUUCCUGAUCAUGCAGGGAGCUGAGUGACACUGAGGCCUUAAGCUCCCCCAGUCUUGCCCCCAAAUGCAGUCACCAGCAAGUUCUCCAUCAUCCAAGUCCAAGGGCACAAUUGUGGAUGACCAUCUGAGAGCUCUGGGGAGCAAAUGGUCCAGCCUCUGCAUUUGGCUAAGAGUGCUUUCCAUGAACAACAGCCUUGAUCUGUCACACUCUGUCAUAAUUUAAAGUGAUUUUUAUUUUGCACAAAUAUAUUUUUAUUCAACAUUAAUUGUGCUUUAUCAUCAUAGCCUGUCUCUGUCUCCCUUUCUCUUCUUUAACUUGAAUAUCUGUAUCCUGAGAGGGAAACCCUUAAAUGAUUUUCUGAAAGAGACUGAAUUUCUGGGUCCAUUGCUAUCAUGGUAUCAGAACUCACACCAACAAGGCAUCAAACUGCCCUGAAGAGUUUCCUGGCAAGAAGCUUCACAACACCUUAAUCAGUACACUGUAAUAGGUCACCAUGAUAAGAUCCACCUACAAACCCACCACAGUACUUUGAUCAAAUGGUGAUGACUCUGAAAAUCUGAAUGUGUUGCUGAGGGAGUGUUGUCAUCAGGGUGAUACUUUGUGCUGGAGCCUGACUGUGCUCAGAAACUCACCUUCCUUUGGAGCAGAGACUGGAUACUUUCAUGCCAAAAGAAACUCCCAAUGGUAAUGUUGAUGCCAUCAAAUCUCAGCCACAGCCUUGCAUGUCCGCCCGUACCCCAGGUCUGAGUGUGUGCACCUAGACUCUUCAAGUUGGUAUCUGAAGGCUGAGUAACAAGGCCAGACACUGCAGUCACUUCCAACCAGAACCAUGCAAUGGUCAUGCUUUGACCUACAUCCAAUCUGAUCUCACCUGUUAACUUCUAAAAAGUCUUCAGCUUGGAUAGAAGUGCAAGACUGGAACACUGGCUACUUAUUUUCCUUGUUUCUCCACUCUUCACACUACGCUGGCUUUUCACAUAUGAAAUACAACAGAUGCCAAACUCCCAGAAUUUCAGGCUCAACUAAAUCAAAUAGUUUUCUGUCCUUUACAGAUGCUUCUUCUCCUUCACAGAUGUUUGCUUCUGAGCCUAAUUUGAAAGAGCACAAUCACAAUUCUUUUCAAAGCACUUAAUCUGUUCACUAGUUGAGACUGAUCCCACAUCACCUCUCAGAAACAUUUCUUUCCUUGGACUCUUGAAGAAUCAGUUUGGACUGACUGGCAAAAGCCAGUCUUAUUGGCAAAAGCCUGGUAGGACUGGUAAGAGCCCUGAACACAUCAGAAGAGUCCUGGAGAUGUAGUUGAAAGAUACUCAAUUCUCCAAGCAGGGACUCAGGCCAAGUAUGUGAGUUCAGUGCUGAUUGUCUUCCCAGUGCUAGCUUGUCCCACAAACCGGGCACAAACCACAGAGUGGGGGAGGUCCUUGGGUGGAUUCUCGCCCUAGAGGGAAGUGUUUCUGGUUUUUUGCUGUCCAUUGUGCACAAAUACUUGUGAACCCAUUGAAGGUCUUAUGUCUUGCAUGCAUAUACUGUAAUUUUUUUUUUAGGCAAACAAAUCGUGGCCAAAAUGAAAGGUGUAGAAUGCUGUCUACAAACUGGAGUAGGUAGCUGGUAGCAUUGUGAUGUCCUAAGAACAAUCCAUGCAGCUCACCCCACAUACUUUCUAACCCUCAGUUGAACACGUUCUGUAUGUAAAACUCAAGGUCAGCUGAGUGCAUUCUGGCAACUGGAAUGCUUUGUGGAGGAGGGUUUGAUGGAAAGCCGUAGAAACAUUGUUCUGAAUAUACCCAGGGUGAAUGCAGCAUUCCCUCCCCUUACUGUUCAGUAUCCUGUCAGACAGAGGCGCUGAGGAGCUGAAUACUUGAAGGAAUCCUUGAGGAACUCAAGGAUUGCCAACUGAUUUCUAAAGUAUUUCUUUUCCUUACCGAGACAGCCAGUGUUUCUACCUUUACCUUGCUCCCCGUCCCAAGCCCAGAAAGGUGUAUCUUUAAGGUCACCAUAUUUCAGGUAGAAUAUGGUCUGUGAAAAUGGGGAACCGUUUGCAAGCCAAGCUUGCUUUAUUCCUGGGUGGGUCCAGAGUGCUACACCCACAUUGCUGAUGCUCACAGUUACAGGUGAACAUCACCAAAACACAAUCUUACUUCUUUUUUGUGACCCCGUAUAUUACUGUAAUCAACCCUAUGUCAUUAUUGAAAUAUUGGGUGAUUUCAUGUUUUAAAAACAAAAAGAAACUGUAAGAGUCCCUUUGAAAUACAGUUUCUCUGCAUAAAACCCCCAUUCAUUCAUUCAUUCAUUCAUAUCUCUAGUGAGUGUCUCCCAUGCACGAGGUUCUAUCCAGGGUAUAAAUGGCUGAAAACGAGACAGAUUGGAUCUGCUCUCCUAGGGUUGACCACUCAAUGAACAAAUGAUCCCCACCUCAUGCACCUCCUUGGGCAAGAACCCACCUCUCCCCAGCCCUGGGUACAAUCUUCAUGCACAGAUUCUUCCAGAAACACUUCAAAAGUCCCCACAGACUGACCAGUCUUACUCUGAGUUCUGUCACAAUGAGGACUAGCUGGAGUGUGCACUAGAGGCCACAUAGCUCAGAACAGUUAGGCACAGAGCUGUGGCUGAGCAUAUAGAGGACUCCAAAGGUAGAAUGAGAGAGUAAGGUCGGAACCUCCACCGAGUUUAUGUGAUGGGCUUUUGUCUUUAACUUUAGUGUUAAAUUCAAGUACAGUAUGAGCAAGAGCUGCAUUUCCUUGGCCGUGGAGAACUUGUCCAUGGACAUUGAUCCACCUCAUAGCCCUCUGCUGCACAAGUGUGUUUACCCCUCGGGCAGCCCCCAAAUCCCCUCACAGCAGCGCAGAAGAUCCAUCGGUUCAUUUUGUAACCAUGAGUCUAUCCAUUUCUGAAUGACUGUGACCAUUCAGUAAUGAAAUAAUAGAAAUUGAUUUAUUAGUAUAGUAUAAUCUUUAAUAAAUUUCGUGCCAAAAUGCAUGGUUUUCCACUUAGCAUUCAAAAUGUUGCGUAGAAAGUAGUUUUCGAUUUCUUAUGUAUUCUUCUAAGUGGGUUGAAAUCAGUUUCUACAUUUUUGUUCGUUUCUUGUUAAAUCUGUUGCAUUCUCCCAGGCUGUCUUUUUUUCCAGCAGACCCCUGCAUGCAGCUGUGUAAGGACUUUCUCUAAUACUUGUGAAUUGUCUCAUCUGCAAUAACCACUGAACAUCAGCCCUCCAUGGGAUUCUUUAGAUUUUUGGUGAAGUAUUUUGUUACCUCAGUCUUGUAUCAAGUUGCUGUAUUUUUCAGCUUGUUACAUUGAUAAUAAUUGUUUCACUAAUUAAAUACUUUAAUGUACAGACAUCUUUGUUUACUUUGAAAUUAAAUGUGUUUUCCAAUGAA